AUGACUACAUUGCGCAUAGUUUUGGCUCUAGCUGCAGCCAAACAAUGGCAUGUUAAGCAAUUGGACGUUGAUACAGCGUUCCUCCACGGAGAUUUACAUGAAGAAGUGUACAUGAAGUUGCCUCCAGGAUUAGAUGGGACCAAUCUGAAUUCAUCCCUGUUUGCAAGCUACAGAAGUCGCUAUCACUCCCUGCAUUCGAAGAUCACUCCUCGUAGCAUUACAAUCAUCAUGGUUUAUGUUGAUGAUCUGGUUUUAACUGGAAAUAACUUGACAGAAACUGAUCAUGUCAAGAAAUUGUUGGACAACAAAUUCAAAAUAAAGGACCUUGGUGAUUUAAAAUAUUUUUUGGGGAUGGAAAUGGCAAGGAAUUCUAAAGGCAUUCAUCUCUGCCAACGAAAAUAUGCACUGGACAUUAUCAAGGAAUUUGGUUACUUAAAUUGUAAAUCGGUUAGCACUCCAAUGGAUUACACGUAUGCUUCAAAGUUAUCAAAGGAAAGUGGCAUUGCACUGCAGGAUCACACUCCUUACCGUCAAUUAAUUGGUAGGCUUCUCUACCUCACAAACACACGCCAUGACAUCUCCUAUGCUAUUGGGAGAUUGAGCCAAUUACUUGACUGUCCAACUGAUGCUCACAUGCACGCAGCCUAUAGAGUUCUUCGUUACCUAAAGGGGUGUCCCUCAUUGGAAAUUUUCUUUUCAUCAGCCAAUGAUUUGAAGCUAACAGGAUUCUGUGAUGCUGAUUGGGCUACAUGUGUGGACACUCGACAAUCCAUCACAGGACAUUGCUUUUAUCUUGGAAAUUCUUUGAUCAGUUGGAAGAGCAAGAAGCAAAGUACUGUAGCCAGGUUAUCUUCGGAAGCAGAAUACAGAGCCUUAGCUGCUGCCAUAUGCCAAGCUCAAUGGCUGUCCUUUGUGAUGAAAGAUAUCAGUGUGCCAUUAACUGAACCCAUCACUCUUUUUUGUGAUAAUCGUUCUGCCAUUCACCUUGCUACUUACCCCGUAUUUCAUGAGCGCACAAAGCAUAUCGAAGUGGAUUGUCACAUCUCUCGAAACCAGCAUUUAUUAGGCCUUAUCCAUUUGAUGCCGUCUCCUCUAGCAAUCAACUCGCUGACUUCUUAA